UGCUUCUGCCUCCGCUUCUGAGUAUGCCUCUGCCUCUGCAUCUGCUGCUCCUCUUCGUCACAAGAAUUACAGACGCCAAGAAGCUUCUGAAUAUGCCUCUGCCUCUGCUGCUUCUGAAUAUGCUUCUGCCUCUGCUAGUGCUUUUGAAGCUGAAGCCUCUGUUGUUGAAAUCAUUGAAGUUGUUUACAAGAAGAGCAAGCGUGAUACCCUCCCUGUUUCUGAAGAAGCCUCUGCCAGUGCCUCUGUAGACUUUGUUGCUGCUUCUGCUAGUGCCUCUGCUGAAUUUGCUGUUGCUUCUGAAGUCGAUGUAGAAGAAGAACAAGAAGAAGAGCAAGAAGAAGAACAAGAAGAAGAGCAAGAAGAAGAACAAGAAGAAG